AUGGACUCAGGAACAAUGCAGGUACGAAAAUCUGGUUACCUCUCAACGUCGCACAGUCCCGAAUGGACGAGACGCAUACAGACGACAAAUGUAACCUCGGCCGUCCAAAACGUGUUGCAAAAGCCGCACGUUUCAAGAGGAAACAACUUCCACGUUGAAUUAAUGGUAAGUAAUGGUAAAGAGAUAGAGAUCGUCCAGAAUUUGAUGCUGUCAGACGGUUUGACAACACGCCAUCGUCGUUUAGAUCGCGUCCGUGUCGAUGGAUAG